AUGACUGAGGGCAUUCCAUCGGCUAUCGCUCCAAGCGCCAAGUCGAAGAAGAACAAGAAGAAGAGUGCCAAAGCCAACUCCGACCCCCAGGAUAGCGAGCAUCCAGAUGCGCCAGGUCAUGAUGAUACGAAUAACGAGCCCCAUGAUGCCAGCGAGGCUCCCAUAGAAGAUGAAGAACCGGCAUCCAAUGGCGCCAAGUCGGACACGAUAGGCAAUAGCCUACCUGAUCGAUCUGUCAAUAAUAAUCAAUUGAAAGCUGCCGGCGACGCUGCUGCCACUCCCAAAAAACAGUCCGACCCCGCCUCCGAAGGCACCGAACCCAAGGACCGGUUCGACGCACUCGUUCGAGACCGCGACUCCUUACGCGCAGAAGUAGCCGAUAUGCGGAAGUCAUUGGAGGAAAUACAAUCCAAGCACAGUGCGGACAUGGAGGCGUUGCAGGAGAAGUUGGACGAGGCAGAGACCAAGAAGGAACAGGCUGAAACGCAGUUCCAGAAACUCAUGGAGCGAGUGAACACCAUCAAGUCGCAACUGGGAGAGCGACUUAGGGAGGAUGCGGAGGAACUGUCUCAAGCGCGGUCGCAAAUUGAGGAUCUCGAAGAUAACAACAGCAGCCUAAAGGAACAGCUCGAAUCCAAGUCUACCCAACUGACGGAACUCUCGGCCGAUUCAGCCAAGAAGGAUAUGGAGCUGUCUACUCUCCGGGAUCGUACAAGCCUAUCACAACAAAACUGGUUGAAGGAGAAAGAAGAAUUACUUGAGCAGGAGUCGUACCUUCAAUCGGAAUUUGAACAAGCAAAGGAGGCAAUGCACAACUGGGAAGUGCUGGCUAUGGAGGAGCGAUCUAUUCGGGAGAACCUGAACGAAAAGGUUGGGGACCUGGAGGAACAGCUCAGUAGCCUGAGAGAUGCAUAUGAAAAAGCUACCGAUGAACGCGACACCCAACAGUCGACAGUUGACGGAUUACAACGUGCUCUUCAGGAAAUUCAAUCGGCACGAAAGCAAGAACUUCGGGAACUUGUCGAGAGCUCCGAUUCUCAACUUGAAGAUUUGAGACGCUCCCUGCGCGAAGCACAGAAGCAAGCCACAGAUGCCGACAAGGGUCUUCAGAAUGCCCAGGAAGAGAUUGAGAGAGUCCGGCCGUUCGAGAAGGAAGUCAAAGAAAAGAACCUGCUCAUUGGAAAACUAAGGCAUGAAGCAGUCACGCUGAAUGACCAUCUGACGAAAGCUUUACGAUUUCUCAAAAAGGGGAAACCAGAAGAUAACGUCGACAGGCAUAUUGUCACCAACCAUUUACUGCACUUCCUCGCCUUGGAUCGGUCUGAUCCAAAGAAGUUCCAAAUCUUACAGCUCUUUGCCGCGUUAUUGGGCUGGAAUGACGAGCAACGUGAACAAGCAGGCCUUGCGCGGCCAGGCGCUUCAAGUAUGCCCGGGAAACUCCGAAUCCCAGGCACACCUAUGCGCACCCCAAGCACGCCAAACUUGGCCACAGACUUCAUGGAUAACGGCGCCUCCAGCAAAGAGACGCUGGCCGAACUGUGGUCCAACUUCCUGGAACAAGAAGCCGAGGUGGGCAACACGAACACAAUGAGACGAGGAAGCCAUCAAGGGCCUCCCAAGUCCUAG